UCAGGUUUGCUUCUCUCUUCUGAAGCUCUAUUAGAGUGAACACUGGGUCCUUGGUCAUCUCCCUGACCAAGGCUCUUCUUACCCAAUUUGGCUGCAGGCUCAACUUUAGGAGGAUUACUGGGAUCCAGUGGGAACACAUCACAUUUUAAAACCUGCGCAUCGCCAUCAUUUACAAUAAUUGGGAGAAUUUUCUGUAUUGUUUAAAGUGUAUGUGUUUCUAAAUUAAGUCCAAACAGGUUUCUGGGUGUAUACUGGCAUGUCAUCCAUUAAAAAUCAACCUCCGCGCCAUUAAAAUGCGCAGAAAGUGAAGGAGGGCAGACACUUCCUGGAGCAGCUGGGCACUUUAGCUUGAAACACCAUCCUCCUUUAAGCUUAUUUUCAUAUGAUUUACCCAGCCUCUGCAGAACAGCACAAGAAGUUCUCUUUUUUACUCAUCAGAAUAUCUAAUUUUACGUAAAUAGGCCACCUCUAAAUGGCACGCAGCGUAUCACGACUCCGCGAAGACGCGCUGUUACGCAAAACCUUCAAAAAAAAAAAUCCCACCUCUUUGGCCUCACUGAGCAAAAUACGGAAGAGGGGAGGGUUCGGUUGUGCUUUAUAUUUGCCAGGCGUUAUGGUGGUGAUGCAGGCUGCGCGGCAUGCGGACAAACAAAAGCGCACAACGCACACUGAACGCGCAUUAAUAGUUCCGCCUCGAGGCUGCUUAAACAGGAGUUUGGUGGCGACCAGUCAGCCCACGGCAGGUCACAUGUUGCAGCGUCAUUGUGUAGUAAAGUUACUGUAGUUGCAAAGACGCUCCUCAUUUCAGCUCCAGAGGUCUCCCCAUCUCGUGGUGCUGCUGCGGCGCUUCGGCAUGCGACAACUUCAAAUUCAGACCAUCUCCAAAGGAGCCGCGCAGACAUGGGAGUGCAUUACCUCAUCCAUGCAAUUUCCACCAUCAAUAAUUUAAUCUAUUUGCUCCAAAGCUGAAGAGAUAUCCUGAAGCUUGUCGGGAGAGUACAGAGAGGGAAAUAUCGCUUAAGUAAUUUACUCAGGGAGUUGUCCAAAACAUCCCAGAUGACACCACUGGGCUGUUAAAUGGUCUGUUUUACGACUGGGCAGUAAAAGUUCCACCAGGUUAGAAGAGUGAUGACCAUCCUGUUCCUUACUAUGGUUAUUUCAUACUUCAGUUGCAUGAGAGCUGCGCCCCUGAGAGACGCCCCGGGCAUGCGGGGCCACCGGACGGACGGCUACCUGGGCGCCGCUGCAACGGCCCCUCGAGGCCACGGGACUCCACAGAGUGGUGGUGGGCCGGGCCAGCGCGGGGACCUGCCCUCGCUCACAGAUACGUUUGAGCAGGUGAUAGAGGAGCUGCUGGAGGUGGAGGGGGAGGCGGCGCAGCUGGGACAGGGGCCUGAUAAGAGCCAGGGAGGUGGGGGCCCGUCCGCAGUGGUCACCGCAGACACCAAGGAUGUCGACCUGUACGACUCGCGGGUGAUGAUCAGCAACCAAGUGCCUUUGGAGCCGCCGUUGCUCUUUCUUCUGGAGGAAUACAAAAACUAUCUGGAUGCCGCUAAUAUGUCCAUGAGGGUGCGGCGACACUCCGAUCCCUCGCGGCGUGGAGAGCUCAGCGUGUGUGACAGUAUUAGCCAGUGGGUGACAGCUGUGGAUAAAAAGACGGCAAUAGACAUGUCUGGGCAGACGGUUACCGUCAUGGAAAAGGUCCCUGUCCCCAAUGGCCAACUGAAGCAAUACUUUUAUGAGACCAAAUGCAACCCCAUGGGGUACACGAAGGAGGGCUGCAGAGGAAUAGACAAGCGGCAUUAUAAUUCCCAAUGCAGGACAACCCAGUCCUACGUGCGAGCGCUGACCAUGGAUAGCAAAAAGAAGAUCGGCUGGCGGUUUAUAAGGAUAGACACUUCAUGUGUAUGCACAUUGACCAUUAAAAGAGGGAGAUAGUGUAUAAAAUGUAUAGAUUUUAUUGAAGAGUUUAAAAAAGAGAAUAAAGAGAAAAUAUCUAUUUGUAUAUAUACAUAACAGGGUAAAUUAUUCCGUCAAAUGAAAAUUUUAUGGACUGCAUGUAAAAAAAGAUGAAGUUUAUACAGUAAAAGUGAUAUUACAGUCUAUUUAUUGAACAUAUUCAUGACCUUGUAAACAAUUAAAAAUCUGAUCAGUCA